CGGGGAACAGAGGAACGAGCGUUGACAAGGGGAGAGAGAGAGAGAGAGAGAGAGAGAGGGAGGGUAGAAGAAGAAGAAGAAGAGAGGAAAAGAGAAGGGGUUUUGGAACCCAAGAAGGGAUUUUCAGCUGUGCCCCUUUCUCUUUAUAUAUAUAUAUAUAUGCUUGUUACGUUUCAUUAUUUUGUUUCUGUUUGUGCGUGAAUCUGUUUGUGGUUGCGGUGGGCUAUAUUGGUGGGGGGUUAGAGAGUUAGGGCUUAUUGCUCUGAGAUUUGUCAAUAAUUUGAUUCUCCCCUAAAAAGCUCCUCCACAACUAUCAAUCUGUCAAAAGGCACGCGCAGUAGAGAGGGAGAGGAUAAUGGCGUACCGGAGGAGGCAGCAGGGAGUAUCGAAGCCUUCAACAACUGCCAUUGAAGAGCGCAUCGAGAAACCUGUGUCUCCUCCGCCUUCUUUGUAUUCAGAUUCAGCUUCAGCUGCGGCUUCCACUGAUGAUUGGUCGUCGUCUUCUUCUUCGCUUGCGGCCAAAGCCAUUAGAGCUUCUUCAGCCUAUCGGGGUUCUUCCCUCUCCUCCGCUUACGCUGCCGCAGGUGGUGGUGGUGGUGAUGGUGGUCGUGGCACAAUCUCAACUUCAACGUCUACCUCUUCAGCUUCUCGAUAUUCCAACCUCACUGCCUCAUCAUCUCCUUCUCCUUUACCUUCUCCCUCUCCCCCGCAAUUCUCUUCCAAGGAUUCUAAGGCUUAUGAGUAUACAUCAAUGAGAAGUUUGAAUGAAUCCAAACAAGGAUUUUGGGGUGUUCUGGCUAGAAAAGCCAAAGCCUUUCUCGACGAUGAUAAUGACAAUCAUAAUGAAGCUCAACAACAAUUCGGUACGCCUGGAAGAACAGAGGUGGAGACGCCUCCUACAGCAACGAGGAGCAAGUAUCAUGCUCCCUAUCAGGCCGAUGUGAACCGGCGGAAAAUGGACAAUCCCAAGUUACAGAAAGGAUUGGAUGCAAUCACAUCUUCUUUCAGUCAUAUAGGUGGCACCAUUGGGAAUGCAUUUGAGGAGGGUUGUACUAUUGUGGAGAACAGGACUGCAGACAUCAUUCAAGAAACUCGUAAGCAUAUCAAGAAAAAGCCAGGCAGUUCUGCUACACAAAAUAAUGCGCAGAAACCCCAGAUGCACAACCAGAUGGAAACCGACCUAGAACUUCAAUUGAAGGCUUCUCGCGACGUUGCAAUGGCAAUGGCUGCCAAAGCAAAACUUCUUCUUCGGGAGUUGAAGACUGUGAAGGCAGAUCUUGCUUUUGCAAAGGAGCGAUGUGCUCAACUAGAGGAAGAAAAUAAAAUUCUUCGGGAGAAUCGUGAAAGGGGAGACAGCCCAGAAGAUGAUGAUUUGAUACGGCUUCAACUUGAAACACUUCUGGCAGAGAAGGCAAGAUUGGCACAUGAAAACUCAGUUUAUGCACGAGAGAAUCGUUUUCUGAGAGAGGUGGUUGAAUACCACCAACUUACCAUGCAGGAUGUUGUAUAUUUGGAUGAGGGUACUGAAGAAGUCACUGAAGUAUACCCCAUCAAGGUUAUCCCUGCUCAUCCUACACCACCACCAGAUGUCAAAGGGGUCUCCCAAAAUUCUGCCCAAUCAGGCUCUUCUAACUACACUACACUGUCAGAGAAAAGCCGACACCCAGAUGCGUCAGUUUGAAACCCUUGUAUUCCAUAAUUUCAACAAAGGUUUGAAGUUGUAUCCAAGUACCAUUUUCUUGUUUUUGCUACUGGUUUUAUUUCUUUCAUCUUCUUUUUGUCAUUAUUUGUUGUCAUUCUUCUGUAUUAUUUGGCUGAUAUGUAAUGUUAUGUAAUUAAUAUUAAAAUGUGGCUUUGCUUUCUUUC